GUAAGAAUGGUUGCAUACAAAAACGAAACUAGUAAAAAUAAAUCUUGAAAACAACAGUUUACUGUUUUACAAGGUUAUGUUUUCUAGUCUACAUUACGUUUUCACCGUUUUCAUCUGAUUGUAAAGUAUGUUUAUUCUCACAUUUACGGUAUUUUUGGUUUUAUUAGAAUCCCCAUAAGUCACGCUGAUGUGCCACAAAUAAUAACCGUUUAGUCGAUCACCACCUGUACAAAAAAUAUGGGUCAACUUUCACUUACUACAUAGUCAUAGAUGCGUCGUGAACAUGUCGUUAUCCAAAAUAUCCCAACGUUUGUACAGUAAGUGGAACAUAGUUAAGGUCAGCUCGUUGAUCAACACCCUACCAAAUGUGCCAAGGAGAGUCUUCAGCAGUUCAGAUACUAACUGUGCUAGAAAACCCGAUUGGAAUAAGGCUGUGACGGAGGCGGAAAAAAUCGUCGGAUAUCCAACAUCUUUUUUGAGUUUGCGGUGGCUUAUGAGUGAUGAAAUUGCAAAUGUAGCAUUGCAACUUCGGAAGCUUGUUGGAUCGAAUCAUCCUCUGUUAAAAACUGCAAAAGGCCUCUUUUACAAUGGAAAAAAUAAUAUGCAAGCAUGGGGUCUGAUUGUGCUUUUGGUGUCAAAAGCAGCUGGUCAGGCACCUGGUAUGCCUGACAUGGAAAUAGACAAGGCUGCUGGAGUCUUGCACAGCCAGAGAGCACUAGCAGAGGUUACAGAAAUGAUUCGAACCAGUCAUUUAGUGCAUAAAGGCUUAGUUAAUUUACAACCUCCAAUAGUUGUUGACUCCCCAUCGGAUAUGAUAUUUGGCAACAAAAUUGCCUUACUAAGCGGCGACUAUCUCCUAAGCAACAGCUGUGUAGAAUUGGCCAACCUGAGGAACCAAGAGUUGGUAGAGCUGAUGAGUUCUGCAGUUAGAGACCUGGCCGAGGCAGAAUUCGUAGGACUAAGGGAUCUUCAGAAUGCUCCAUUGCCAGCUAGGCCAAAGAGCGAUACAAAGGACUAUGAUGUUCUUAUAGCUGAUAAUAUUGAACCACUAGCUGUUGGAGAGGCUAUGGGGAAUGCCAAGGCUGAAUGGACUGUUAGACAUAUUUUAAAUGCAGGAAGUUUACUAGGGAAAUCCUGUCAAGGCACGCUGAAACUAGCAGGACAUCCAGAAGAACUUCAACGUCAAGGCUAUCUUUUCGGCAAGCAUCUCGCACUCGCCUGGCAAGCAUACUUGGAUCGUGAACCAUUCACGCCUGGUUCCUUUGGAUCAUUCAGUUUGAUCAGUGCUCCAGUAUUGUUUGCGCUGCAACACGAUCCAAGUUUGUAUGAUUUCAUCGAGAAAGGAUUAGAUAACGUCGAGGAUGUCGAUUAUGAACAGGUUAGAGAAAGAGUAAUGGUUGGGCCAGCUCUAGAAUUGACAAAAAAUUUACAAAACGAUCAUUCUUCAGCUGCCCUUGACAUGUUAAGGAAACUACCCGACAGCGAUGCGAGAACAGCUCUACAAAAUAUUAUAGCAGCUAUGCAAGACUAACACUAGUAAUAAGAAAAAAAUACGUAACAUUCCAAAGAUCAGGAGCAAAAGUUGUGAUACAGUGUGUACAUCGGACUCCAGCUGUAUUUUGCAGAGAAGAAAACCACAAAAUCCGUUGAUGUACUCUAUAAGAGCGAACUAUUCGAGAAGUACCCCCAGCACUGCUGUUCGACAGAGAGUUUUGUCUGCCAAGUUGUUGAAACUCAGAUCUAUACAGAGUCAAUUAAAUGAUGCCAACUAUCAUUUAGCUGAACUAACAAAAGAGAACCAGAUUUUGAAAAACUUGCAGAAACGACAAGAUAAGGCCCUUUCCAAAUACGAAAACACAAGUGCUGAUUUACCCCGCCUUCUGCAUUCUCACGAAGAACAGUUGCGCGUAUUGACCGAAAAGAACAAGACCCAAAAAAAGACGAUAAAGGAGCUGAACGAUCAGCUCAAACUCAAAGACGACGAGUUUAACAGGAUGCAAGAGAGAUUGAUGCAUUUAGAAAAACUAAAUAGAGACAAGCGACUGUUAGAGCGGGAAAAGAUGGCGGAGAUCAUUGAGGAUCUGAAGAUAAAGUGUGAGAAGGCGGAAGAUAUGAUUAUUGUGUUGAACAGAAAGUUGAUGCUGGAGAGUAAAACUUCCAAGCAGAGGCUCAAUUCUGAGGUGAUGAAACAUAAGGACACGGAGAAGGAACUGAUUAGAGCUUUAUCGGAAGUUGAAAGGCUUACUGCACUUCUAGAGACAAAAGAAAACUCUGUCCAACCUAGGAAAAACAGAUUCUCUCAUAUAAACCCUAAACAGUCUAUCUCCAUGGUAACGUUAGCAGCUUAUCAGUCGAAUAGAACUCGAAGCAAAGAUAGACUGUCGACAAUAGAAGAUUCCGAACCACAAACUCCUGUCACUGACGUCAAACUGGAACCAAUAAAGUACAAAAGAGAAGCUAACUCGAAGAAAAGCAACGGGUUUCUUAGUAUGCCUUCGGAAAAUAUCAGAAAUAGGUUAUCCAGCGGAUCAGCGAAGAGUAGAGCGAGUCAAGAAAGUUCUAGUGGUGUCAACGAACUUAAGGGUGUUAGUUCAGGAUCGGAAGUGUCACUGAACAGCAAUGAAAAUCUUACCGAAUGUAAUAUAGAAGACGAGAAGAAACCUGUAGAUAAAAAUCGACCUUCAUCUGCCGAAAUACUAGAUAAAAUGUCUGAUAGUUUGGAUACUGCUAUGCAAAAAGCCCAGCAAAGCGCAAAUGACGAAUUUGAUAAAAAAUUAGGUAGCUAUUGCGCAGAUAUAAUAACGAAUGUGAGACAAUGUAGCGAACGUAUACAACUACAUAAAAAAAGUUUGACCAUGUCAAAAGAAGACACCGACGUUCUUCUCGAGAGUUUCACCAAAACGCAAAAAAUGGAAGCAAAACUGCAGAACUCCUUUCUCGAUAUAAAUGGAAGUGAUAAUGUAGAUUUCAUAAAAGAACUGUUUAACGACGAAGUAUCCUUCGAGACGAUCUUACAUAAAGAUAAAGGAAAAGAUAAAAAUGGUAACAUCAUGAAAAACGAACCUCACGUAAAAAUGAAGGAUAAGAAAAAGUUACUCGCUACAUUGAAGGCCAUUGAUAACGGGGAGAGUUUUGAUAGUUUAGAAGAAAAAUCAACCGAAGGACAUGACUCACAUUUACUGAAAGAAAUCUAUAAUGAUCUUGCACAAUAAAAAUUGUGUUUUAUGUAUAACUGUGUAACCUAUUUUUAUGAGGAACUGUAUAUUGUAGGAUAUAUGAAUAAAUUUAAUCGGUAUUUUAGGUUUA